ACUACCUGAUCACAUAUAGGAGAAUCUGUUUUGUGCCUGCUUAUUGUAACCUUGCGCAUUUGACAACUGAAAAAUAAAGAUGAGGAAAAUAUAUGCACUUGAGAUUCUCGCCGUUACAUUUAUUCAGUGUUGGAGGCAGACGACAGGUGUAAGCCUUCCGGAGGUUAACUUGCACAAGGAUUUAUUCUCGGACUAUAACCCAAAUGUUUUGCCGCAAGAGAACAAAUCAAAGGCAAUAAAUGUUACACUUGAUAUGUAUUUGAUGUCUAUAGACAAUAUUGAUGAGAAAAGGCAAACUAUAACUGUCAAGGCUUUUCUAGAAAUAAAAUGGAUAGAUGCCUUUCUUAGAUGGGAUUCUACAAAAUAUCCAGGAGUCUCUAGAAUUAGUGUUAAAAAUACUGAUCUAUGGAUUCCAGAUAUUGCAUUACAGGACACGUUUGAUGACCUGACGGAUUUUGGACAAGCUGGUGGAAAAGCUAAUGUGAGCAGUGAUGGUUUGGUAACUAUCUGGCCACAUAAGAUAUAUACAGUUGCAUGUAAAAUUUCAGUAACAAAAUUUCCAUUUGACAAACAAAAAUGUGAAUUUGAUUUCAUUUCAUGGAGCCAUCCGAUAUCUGAACUUAUUUUGAACACCUCACAAAAGAAACCGGAUAUGAGGUAUUUCACAGUAAGUGGUGAAUGGGAUCGUAAAGGAAUUGAAGCGGAAGUUGAAAGAAAAAAGUACGUUACCGGAUUCUUUGACCACGUGUAUUUCUGUUUUGAACUACAACGUAAAUCUCUUUAUCACGUUAUGAACGUUAUUAUACCAGUUCUGUGUAUUUCUGUUUUAAAUAUCAUUUCAUUUUUACUGCCAUCAGAAAGUGGUGAGAGGGUAACUUUGUCCAUAUCAAUAUUUCUUACACUUGCUGUACUUUUCACCACUGUCAACAGUUUGAUGCCAGAGUCUUCUGAUGAGGUCGCUUCAUUUAGUAUUUACUUAGGUCUGCAACUUCUUGGAAGCGCAUUCAAUAUCUUUUUCACCAUUAUCUCGUUAUAUCUCUUUCACCACGAGACCAGCAGUGUUGUUCCGAGAAUACUAAAGGCAUUUGUCAAAGGUUGCUGCGUUAAAAAUACAAACGCGCAUUAUCAGAUUGGAAAUGAUGUAUCAAACGAAAAUACUAUAGCUUGCUUGAAUGAUAUGCCACACGAACACAUUCAAGUUGGUAACGAAUAUCGACUUGUGACAUGGAAAAUGGUGUCAAAAGCAAUUGACAAACUGUGUUUAAUAUCUGCAGUUUGCUGGCAUAUUAUCCUUGCUGCAAGUCUUACGAUAAGUGUUCAGUACUAGAUAGUGCCAUUAUUUGUACGACUUAUGUUAAGUAAAAUGUUGUUGUGGAUAAGAUCUUACAAACACUCUUUAAAAGUUACACUGUUUAUGAUAAGUGCUUCUUUUCUGCAAUUAUAAGCCUACUGACAAUUGUUGUUUCGUUCGAUUCAGUUAUGAACAUGUGGAAUUUCAUAUAAAUCUUAAUAGAGCAAUACCAUAUCUUCAAAAAGGGUUGUAAUGAUUUUAUGGUAGAUUCAAAUCCAUUUUAACAAUUAAACACCUAUUACAUGCCGUAAGUUGUUUUAUGCAUGUCAGUUCUUCCGGAUAAAUACUUUUAGGGAGGUUGUGCUGAAAAUAGUGAAAUAACUCGAUGCUUUUAAGUACAUUUUAGAUCAAAUAAACACGUGUGUUUUCAAUGCUUUAGCCCUAAAGUGGCCAAACAACGAUUUCACCGUCAAGAUUAGAUAGUCGAUGUUGUUAACUGUACUUAAGAUUUUUAAAUAAACACGUGCUGGUUACCCUUGCUUUAGCCCCGAAGUAAACAAACAACGAUUUUGCUGCCAAGAACAGUCGACGCAAUCAAGUAGUUUGGAUUAUGUAAUCUGAAUAAUUAUUGUUUACUUGAUUGUUACAUCAAUGCUUAAGCUUGUAAAAUGACAAUAGUAAAUUGAAAGAACCUGAAAAAUAUGGAUGUUUAAAGUAGUUAAGAUAAAUCAUUAAUAAGUAGAUAGUCACAUAAAUGUUUUAGCCUAGUAAUGAUCCCCCUGAGUAGUUAAAAUGAUCAAAUAUGUACUCUAGAUCAAUCACUUCCUAUGAUUUUUAAUUAGGUGAUUAAAUUUAUUGAACCUUUCAUAUAAAACAUGCAAGAAAUUUAGGAUGUCUUCUGUUUGACAUCAUUUAGUAAGCAUAGGCAAAUUUGUGAAAUGUUAAUGAAUUUCACUAUAUAAGGCAUAAAAAGCCGAACAUACUUAAAGAAACCGCUUUUUUCUCUGACAUUAUGAUUGUUCUUUACAGUUCGGCGAUAAAUUUUAAUGAGUACUACAUCUUUAGAAAAACAUUGGACGAGCCGACAUGUUAUGUAUGUUUACAAAGUAUAGAGAAAUGGC